AUGGGGGGAGAGGCGGGGGGGGGGGGAACGGGCAGGGGGGGAGGUGGCAUCCCCGUGGAGAGGGACGAUGGCGAAGAAUCUCAGCUGAGGCUGCAGCUCAAGAGGAAGCUGCAGAGGAACAGGACCAGCUUCACACAGGAGCAGAUCGAGGCUCUGGAGAAAGAGUUUGAAAGGACGCAUUACCCAGACGUCUUUGCGAGGGAGAGAUUGGCAAACAAGAUUGAUUUACCAGAGGCCAGGAUACAGGUGUGGUUCUCAAACCGAAGAGCCAAGUGGAGGAGGGAGGAGAAACUGCGCAAUCAAAGGAGGUCAGGGGGUGUAACUUCCUGUUCACAGAGCCAAGCCCCUCUGACCACUUCCUUCAAUACGUCUGUCUAUCAUCAGCAGCAUGGCAGCAGUUCAGGGUCCAUGUUGAGUCAGGCUGAGUCGUCCCUGCCCAGCUACAGCUCCCUGUCAGUUUUCUCAUCUGGAGUUCAGUCUAUUCCUCCACAGUCGGCCUCCUCCUACUCUUGCAUGUUACCUCCAUCCCCCUCUGCCCCGCGCAGCUUUGACUCAACAGCGUACUCCUCCCCUCAUCUGCAGAGUCCACCCUCGACCAACUCCAACACCGGGCUCAUAUCGCCUGGUGUUUCAGUGCCGGUCCAGGUUCCAGGAACUGAGCAGCAGGGCAUGAGUCAUAACCUGGGUCAGUACUGGGCCAGAUUACAAUGAAUAACAGACAAUCGCUGCCAACCGGCAACUCAAAGAAGAAGUGGGAAAAAAAGGGCAUGUAACAAAAAUGUGUCAAACACGCAGGUUUUAAGGAUGCACAGGACUGAGCUAUAGAGGGACCUUAAUGAGUUGCAGACCCUGAAAUGCAUUAAAUGUUUACAAAUUCAGUCAAGAGCAGCUUUGGUUGCACUUGACAGUCACACUGGUAUUUUCUUAGUACUAUCAGGCUGCUCGUUUCUGGGGUGUGUGUUUGGGGUUUUUUAAGGUUGUGUUAAUUACAGGGCUGAGGUCAGGAUUAUAAAUAGGAUCAGUUUAAUGUGUGUUUUCAGGCUGAAGUCAAGGUUUAGAUUACACCGUCUGUGAAGGGAUGCAAGUGACAGUCUUUUGAUCAUCUGAUUGUUGAGAUUUAGCAUCAGACCCUUCAUAAGUUUUGCCAUAUUUCAUUUUGUCGAACAUUAAAAUGAUCCCAAGACACAACACAGGGGAACGUAACAUGUACUCUUUAUUAUACAGAGCUGUAAAAUAUAUUAAAUGGUAAAUAAUAAUCUGGAAAUAAAAAAGGGGGUAGAUAUUGGAUCUUAAGUUAUUUUGUUACACGUUUUUACCAAAUGUUAUCCAUAAAAAGUUCAGAAAGGAAGAAGAAGAAAGAAAAACAGUUCAGAAAGUUGACCGGACAUAAACCUAAGAUAAACUUAAUUCUCUUCCGAAAGUCAGAAAAAAUGUUUCCUCAUAUAGUAUAUUAUAGAGUAAAUAGCAGGUUUCUAAUUAUACUUCUACCAUACAGAAAUUCUUCAGUAAGUGACUCAGUGGUACUAAGGAAAUACCAGCAGAUGUCUGUAUUGUGAAGUGUAACCACAGUUUCUUGUUACUUGAGCAGCUCAAUGAUAUUGUGAAAGCGAGCUUGUUCCCUAAGCUGUGUGAGGCUACUGUGAAGAUUUUAGACUUGCUUAUGGCAAUCACUUUUACUAAAACUUAAAAAAAAAAACGUAAAAAAAGUAAAAACCUACUUACCCUGCCAGCAACAUUACAUUAAGACUGAUAACUGCAUAUUUUUGUACAGACAUCUGUGUAUGAUGAAGAUAACUGUGGAAUAUUGUCAGAUAUUAUUGAAGGGAGGAAUGUAGCACGAAGUCGACUCACAUUAUCACCCUCAAAGCACAAAUUUCAUUUGUUAAAACAAAUUAUUAGGGAUGCUCCAUAUCAACAUUGGUAUUAGAUAUUGUCUGAUACUGAGAUAAACAAGAAGAUUUACAGCUUGCCAAAAAACUACAAUAAAGCAAAUAUGUUUUUGUUUUAUACAUAUACAUAUAUUUCUGAGUAUUUUUUAUCCGAUCUAUCAAAAAGCACAUGCAAAGCCAUAACAGAAUAAGCAGUUACAUAUCUAAUGAACCAUAUCCAUCAGCUAGUGACAAUCAAAAGAAAAAUGACGCUGUCCUUAACCCAUCAAACACUUCUGAGACUGACAAUCAAAGCUGGAGGUAAAGGAUAUAAAAAUGGAAAAAAAAACUGUCCUUACAAUAGAAAUGACUCUCAGCUGUGCAUGACCAAAAUAAGCCGCUGUAGACAAUCAGCUACUUGCAGAAAUAAAUCGAGUAUUGUACAAAAACGUUACUGUACUUCGCAGUGUUAACCUCUGCUCACUUUCCUCUGACUGUCGUUUUUGUCGAUGCAUCUCAGUUUACGCUCAUAUAAAAUGUCUUUCAACUCUUAUUUAUUUGUCUUUUCACUUGUUCACCUCUGUGUUGUUUCUGUUGUUGUUGUUGUGUGUUGUGUUAGUACUGUAUAGCUACCAAGAGUCAACCCUUUUGUGAAGGCCUUGGAUCCCUUUAAUGAAAAUAAAACGGUGUGUAAUGAAUAUAAGCUCAAAGGUCUUUAUUUCUGAUGUUCAAUUACAUUUUUC